AUGUCGCUCUUCAACCCCCGUUGGUUGCGUAAUUUUAUCAGAAGACACACGAAUCAGAUCCCUGAGCAGCGGGCCCACGUGUGGAAACAGCGCCUUUCCAUAUUCUACAUGUUAACCGCGUGGAACGCCUUCGGCUUCGUCCUUUACCAGGUGUACCAAGGCAAUGCAGACUGGGCCCGCAAGUACAAAUCGGAGGAAGAAUUGUCCCUAUCCCCAGCACAACAAUGGGCUCGAACUUUAGGCAUUAAGGACGCAAAAGUGAUACAAGUCUCAGGCCUGCAAGUCACUAACUAUGACAUCCAUAACGAGUUUGAUGAAGCGUCUGAAGCGAUACAAGAAUAAAUAAUCACAUUUCUUAGUUAAUAAAAUACAAAAAGGAA